UCCUCUUUGUUCUGCUUGAGCUCAACGGCUGCAGUCCUGGAUUCAGUGAGAGCUGAGGAACAAAUAACUUUCAGCAGAAACCGUGAACUAAGAGUCAUCAAAGCUUUCGGACGCAGCUGCAGCGAUCUUCUGAGGAGAGGGUAGCAGUUCACGGUAUUUAUCAUCUUUAAACAACGUAGUGACUACGUUUUGAUGAAAAGCAGGAAUAUCUGGAGGAGUAUCAUCUGAACUGAGAUCUGCUGCUGUGAAGAUGUUUGUUAAAGAGGAGAGUGAAAAGAACACGAGUGAACCAGAAACCUGGAUAAUAAAACCCGAGAAGCCAGAAACCUGGAGAAUAAAACCAGAGGAGCCAGAAACCUGGAGAAUAAAACCCGAGGAACCAGAAACCUGGAGAAUAAAACCCGAGGAGCCAGAAACCCGAAGAAUAAAACACGAGGAUCCAGAAACCUGGAGAAUAAAACCCGAGGAGCCAGAAACCUGGAGAAUAAAACCCGAGGAGCCAGAAACCCGGAGAAUAAAACCCGAGGAGCCAGAAACCCAAAGAAUAAAACCCGAGGAGCCAGAAACCCGGAGAAUAAAACCCGAGGAGCCAGAAACCCGGAGAAUAAAACCCGAGGACUUAGAAACCUGGAGAAUAAAACCCGAGGAGCCAGAAACCCGAAGAAUAAAACCCGAGGAGCCAGAAACCCGGAGAAUAAAACCCGAGGAGCCAGAAACCCGGAGAAUAAAACCCGAGGACUUAGAAACCUGGAGAAUAAAACCCGAGGAGCCAGAAACCCGGAGAAUAAAACCCGAGGAGCCAGAAACCUGGAGAAUAAAACCCGAGGAGCCAGAAACCCGAAGAAUAAAACCCGAGGAGCCAGAAACCCGGACAAUAAAACCAGAGGAGCCAGAAACCUGGAGAAUAACCAGAGACCGAGAGAAUAAAACGCGAGGAGCCAGGAGAAUAAAACAUGAGGAAAAAGGAGGCCUAAUGAAAGAAGAAAGGCAAGAUCUGAAUGAGGUUGAUGAGCAAUAUCAGGAUCAGAAAGAUCAUGAUGUCAAUGGAGAAAAGUCAGUGAGUUCCAGCCUUAAAACAACAGAACCCAAGAGGCCUAUCAGCUGCUCUCAGUGUGGUAAGAGUUUCAAAUAUAACAGUAAACUUAAGAAGCACAUGUUAAUUCAUACUGGGAUAAAGCCUUUCAGCUGCUCUCAGUGUGGAAACACUUUUGCACGCAAAGAAAGCCUUGAGAACCACAUGUUAAUUCAUGCUGGAAUAAAGCCUUUCAUCUGCUCUCAGUGUGGAAGGAGUUUUAGAAGGAAUGCUAGCUUAAAGGAUCACAUGUUAAUUCAUAAUGGAAUAAAGCCUUUCAGCUGCUCUCAGUGUGGAAAGAGUUUUACAAGGAAAGAAGGCUUAAAGGAUCACAUGUUUAGUCAUACUGGAAUAAAGCCUUUUAGCUGCUCUCAGUGUGGAAGGAGAUUUACACUGAAAGCUAGCUUAAAAGAUCACAUGUUUAGUCAUACUGGAAAAAAGCCUUUUAGCUGCUCUCAGUGUGAAAAGAGUUUUACACGGAAAACUGGCUUAAAGGAUCACAUGUUUAUUCAUACUGGAAUAAAGCCUUUCAGUUGCUCUCAGUGUGGAAACUUUUUUGCACGCAAAGAAAGCCUUGAGAAGCACAUGUUUAUUCAUACUGGAACAAAGUCUUUCAGCUGCUCUCAGUGUGGAAAGAGUUUUAUGCAGAAAGAACAACUUGAGAGUCAUUUGGUAACUCACACUUCAGAUAAUCCUUUCAUCUGCUCUCAGUGUGGAAAGAGUUUUACAAAUAAAGUAGGCUUAAAGCAUCACAUGCCAAUUCAUACUGGAAUAAAGCCUUUCAGCUGCUCUCAGUGUGGAAAGAGUUUUACAUAUAAAUCGAGCCUUACGAACCACAUGAUGAUUCAUACUGGAAUAAAGCCUUUCAGCUGCUCUCAGUGUGAAAAGAGUUUCAUAUGUAACGGUAAUCUUAAUAGGCACAUGUUAAUUCAUGCUGGGAUAAAGUCUUUCAGCUGCUCUCAGUGUGGAAAGUGUUUUACACUGAAAGAAAACCUUAAGAUUCAUUUGGUAACACACACUUCAGAAAGUCCUUUCAGCUGCUCUCAGUGUGGAAAGUGUUUUACAUAUAAAUCAGGCCUUACGAGGCACAUGUUAAUUCAUACUGGGUAAAAGUCUUUCACUGUUUUACAUAUAAUCAAGCCUUAAGAGGCACAUGUUAAAUCAUACUGGGUAAAAGUCGUUCACAGUUUGGAAAAACUUUUACACAGAAAGGACAUUGCAAGGUUCAUUUGGUAACCCACUCUUCAUAAAAGCCUUUCACCUUGGGGAGUUAAAGUAAAUGACUGUUUUUCUGAAUGACUGUCAUCAACUGGAUCACCUCAAGGAUGUAUCCUCUCACCCUUAUUAUUUAUCUUGUACACAAAGACUGUAAAAGUAGUUUUAGAAAUAGGCAUAUUAUAAAAUUUGCUGAUAAUUCAGUAAUCGUUAGCUUAUUGAGUGAGGAGGACUCCAUGUUUGGCCCCGUGGAUUAUGAAUUUAUUAUGUGGUGUCAGAAUGCUUUCUUGAAAUAUACUGUAAAGGCACAAAAUGUAAUUUUUCACCGCUGGAGGGUGUGUAUUCAAAAUAAGCCGUCGGCAAAAGAAACCUUGACACACGUAUAGCUUGAAAGCUUUUAUUUUGCAAAACUGCUUCCAGUCGUGCGUAUGAGAGGUAAAGCAGCGCUGUUUUCAUAUACUAUAUACGUUUGAAAGUACUGUUAUAAUGCUACUCUGUGCUGUCGUCACCGGUCUAUUAAAACACACAACAUUAAAGCGUC